CCAAUCUCUAAAGAAACCUCGCGCUUCCGACCGGCCGAUUCAUUGGCAGAUGAGAAAAAUUCACCAAAAUAUCACCAAGAAAGUAGUUGUGCCAGUUUUUGGGCAACCUUUGCAUAUGUGGUGCUGACUGCUGACAACUGAUUGUCCCAGUGGGGGGGAAGUGGCCGCCGUGUUUUGUUUCAUCGCAGUCGAGCGGCGCGGGCGCAUGUGCUGUUACUUUACUCUAAUUCCAAGUGCUUUCUUCCGUGAUCUGAGUGAACUGUCUAUUUGCAACUUCUUUACGAUCAAAAUGAUUUGUUGUGCCGAUUCGGAGUGAAGUUUGACGAUAAGUUUACCGAUAAGUUUGCGCUGGGUGCCUUUGGUCGUGAAAAAUACGCCUGUUUUCUCUUUUCGUCUGUAAUCGGAUUUUAUGCCAGUGCCUGUGGAUAUGGAUUCAAUAAGGAGGUUUUACAUGUCUUGUACUGAGUAAUCAAAUCUACAUCACCGCAAGAAAUUUACCAGAAAAUCCGGUAAUGACUUUAGAAAACAACACUCCACAAAAUGGACCAAUCACAAUACGGCAAAGAACAAAAGCAGGAGACAUUCAGUAGAAGAGAAUGGAGACUUCCAGAAAAAAGCCUCCUAGUCAUUUUGUAUAUAUUCCUUCUCAUUCUACAAUCAAACUGUCAAACUAUUAUUAAGGAUCAAUCAAGUCAUAUUGAAAGCUUAACCAAAAGUGACUUAGAUAAUGUAGAUUUAAAAGUAGUAGACUCAAAUCACUGCCAUAGCUGUCACCCUAGUAGUAAAUUAUAUGAAAAUAGUAAUAUCAAAAUCAAUGACACACGAACUAAUGUGAAUGUUGAAUCCAAUCUUAUAAAUGAACUAUUAGAUACAGUAGGAGAAUUAACGCAAGAAUACUUCUUGAAACAUAAUCAUACCGAGAAAGAUUUAGAACACGAUGUAGAAAUACUAAUAGAUGACGCUCUUAGCAAAGAUCGGUACGAAAUUGUCGAAGGUAUUGAAAUCAAAAGUGUGCAGAAGAGAAAUGGUGGCGGAAAUGAAAAAACAACACAAGAUAAUAACAGAGAAGAAGAAGGAAGAGCUCUAUUUAGUAAAUUCACAUUCGAAUACAGACUCUUGCAAAAAGUUAAGAAUUUCGUAGAAACGCACAUUUUAUCAAUCAACUUGCCGAAAGCUGCCAGACUUAUGGGAUUCAGAUCGUUCGGCCUGAAGAAGUUCUUCGUGCCGCUGUUGAUUGGAGCGCAAGUGUUCAAGAGCAUUCUGCUGGCGAUGUUCCUGCCGAGCAUACUGGGCAGCUUCGGCAAGAUUCUUGGCAAAGGCAUAUCCUCGCUGUCAGCCGCGUCCAGUCAGGCUAGCUACCCUCCAGCCCACGUGGACGACGCAGACGCGUACAACAACGAGAAUAAAGACAUCAUGGCGUACGAAACCGACCCGCAAGGGAUGUACGCGUACCCUAACGACGGACAGACGCUGUACGCCAACAUGGCUGAUGCGAAUGACGUUAAUGACAUCGGGAACGUCGAUCUCUCCAGAGUCACGAUGAAUGGUCAAAAGAUGGCGUACCUUCCUAAUAAGAACGGCUACUACAAGAACCAAAUGCAAACAGCAGCUAGUAAUAACUACAAGGUGUUCCAGAAGAUUCCAGCUUCAUCGAUGAUCCUGAGCAACUACGACCCGUUCUACUCGCCGCUGCUGUCCCGCCUGGACGGGAUCUUCGCUAGACUCGGUCUAGCGCCAUCAGAGAACUCCAUCGACCCAUCCCAAGUCGGCGGCACCUCACUGAGCGACGUCAAGUUGGAGACGUGUCGCGAGCAGCUGGUCUGUCUCAUGUACUCCAGCCCGGCCAAAUACGCGCCGUAUAGCAACCUCGUGUCGGCGCAGCUGAGCAGAGAGCUGAACGAGCUCCGGCGCCCCGUGUCGGACAACCCGGAGAUCCUGCGCUUCUUCCGCUACAUGCGCGCGGCGCGGCGCGGACAGGAGGGCGCGGACUGCGCGAGGGCCUUCCCGGGGUGCACCACCGUCGCGUCUCCCAGUAACACCAUGUUUGCCGCCUUCCACGAUAUUAACAAGCUGGUGACGGCGAGGAAGCUGCACAAUUGAGGGGUCUUGGAGUCAACUCUCCACUGCACCACACAUUCACGGAAUAUGACAUCCAACUAAAACUAUGAAGAGACAUAGGUAGUAAAAACCUUUUGCAGAUGAAUCCCAAUCUGCGAUUGGUUAGUACAGGUGCCCUUUUGGCCCCACAGCUUUAGAGGACCUAGUGAAGGUUUUUCUUUAUAGUUCAAGCAGUGAAAAUCUACUUUUUAAAUCUAAUUUGUAUGGCAUGGAGCUAAUCGCUAGGUGGCAACUCACCCACGCCAUACAAAUUAACGUUUUCGCUUCUCGAACGAGCGAAAAACUUGCACUUCGUAUGCUGAAAAAACUCGCACUCAGAAUGCUAAUUAUUCACGUUUGAAUGAUUCUACUUCAAAGAAAGUUUGUUUCGCAUUAACAGAUGUAUUUCAGCUAGGGUCCCCUUUAACUACACGGGAUUAAAGAGGGUUUAUAAAAUUUUAGUGUACUAAUUAAAUUAACAGAAUUAAAUGAUGUGUGUUUGUAUUUAUUGAAAUGUUUGUGGAUUGAGUGCAUGUUAAAUCUUAAGAAGUUAUUAUCUAUUACUUUACUAGCUAUAUUUCUGUUUAGCUUACUUAAUUUUUACUUUUACUUAUAGAUACUGUUUUCAUCUCAUCAUUGCAUUUAUUUUAUUAGUUUAAACUAUUUAUUUAUUUUCGUUCACAGAUAAAUUCUUAUAUUAAUCUUUUUAUGGAAUUGUUUAACUGUUUAGGUAUGGUAUUGUGUAUUUUGUAAGAUUAAGAAAGGUUUUUGAAAUUGGUUAAAUUCCUUAGCUUGCUUGAUCAGAAAUAUUUCCUCUCAAGAAUUUAAAGUAGCAUUUUACAUCAUUUAAUGUAAUUGAAAGGUUCUUAAUUAAUUUCAAACGACCAAAUAAGUACUUAAGUCAAAUAACGUAAUAUUUUUUUGUUUAUUUUAAGCCUCUUAAAUUGGUCAAGAAAUUACCUUCUUAAUAAUUUUAUUUAGCUUAAGGAAAAUGUUUAUGUAUGAAAAUAAUAAUGUUUAUUUUACUCUGUAA